AUACUUUUACAACGUAUGGUCCUAUUUUAGUCCUCUAGAAUAAUUUGUUUCCAAAAAUAGCUCUCUAAUAUGUUCUCAACAAUCAUUUUAUUUUAUUCUUUUUCCUGUUUGUUUCGUUAUAAUUUUAGCAUAUCUGAAAUAAUGUAUGAUCAAAAGUUGGAUGGAUGAGACCAAAAUGUGUUACAGAAUUCAAUGAUUUUGAUAUUGUGAAUGAAAGAAGAAGAAGAAGAUUAGAUGGAGCUAAGUAAUAAGUCACCAAAUAGGUUGAACAACUUACCGUUUAAUACAUGCAUUGAAUUACCUCCUCAGGUAAACUCCCAAGGGUUUUGGAAGAAGCAGAAUCAAGAUAAUGGGUUGCUUAAAAAUUCAUUGCCAGAGCUGGAAUUGCAGAUAGUCAUGAUAUUCUGCAUGUCCCACUCCUUCCAUUUCCUCUUCAAGCGUCUUGGAAUUCCCAAGCUAUCUUCUGAUAUUCUGACUGGUUUGGUUCUGGGAUUUGUACUAAUAGACAAACAUGGAAACCCAAGAGACGAGACUCUAUUCACUCCAACUGGUCAACAAAUCCUUGCCACUUUAUCAAUGUUUGGUUAUGCUCUAUUCCUUUUCACCAUUGGUGUCAAAAUGAACAUUGGACUAGUUACAAAGUCAGGAACAAAGACUGUCACAAUUGGUGUUGCCACACUUUUUGUCCCAUUUUUGUGUGGAUUAAUAACCAAAGAAUUCAUAGCACAACACCUAACACUUCCAGAUAAGAACAAACUCUCUUUUGUUUUCGUAACACAAUGUCUUGUCCCAUUUCCUGUCAUUUCUAAUCUCAUAUCAGAUCUCAAUCUUCUCAACUCAGAAAUUGGUCGUUUGUCUAUGUCUUCAGCCAUGGUUAGUGACACCAUCAGUUUCUUUCUCACAGCUUCUUUUCUCAUGAUUAGAGUUUCAAUGGAUUCUUUAAGAAAAGCCAUUAUAGACACUUCAGCAACAAUGGCAUUCAUUCUAGUCUCUGCUUUUGUAAUUAGGCCUUUAAUGUUUUUCAUCAUUAGAAAAACACCUGAAGGAAGGCCUGUUAAGGAUAUUUAUGUCUACACCAUUAUUGCCUUGGCUUUACUCUCUUGUCUUAUUUCAGACUUACUUGAUCAACAAAUUUUCAUGGGGCCUUAUGUUUUGGGAUUAUUGGCUAUACCAGAUGGACCCCCUUUAGGAUCUGCUAUUGUUGCUAAGCUUGAUUGCUUUGUCACUGGAGUUUUUGUCCCACUUUUUGUUAGCACAUCUGUGUUGAGAGUCGAUUUGAGAAAAUUUGUGUUUGAUAAUCUCAUGACAACUAACAUAAUCCUUGUUAUGGUCACUAACAUAGCCAAAUUCGUUGCCUGCUAUAUAGCUUGCUUUAUCUAUGACAUGCCAAGGCUCGAUUCUUGGGUACUAUCUUUCAUUAUGACUACUCAAGGCACUGUUCAAAUAGGCCUCUACACCUCAUUUAGAGAUACUGAUAGUAUAUCUGAAUCGGUUUACAAUUUACUUGUAAUAAGUAUCUUAUGUUUAGCCAUAAUAGUACCACUUUCAGUGAAGUUUCUCUACGAUCCAUCUAGAAAAUAUGCAGGGUAUCAGAAGAGGAACAUCAUGCACUUGAAACCCGAUUCGGAGUUUCGAGUACUUGUCUGCAUUCACAGGCCUGAUGACAUUCCAGCCAUGAUUAAUUUGCUUGAUGCUUCAUGCCCAACUAAAGAAGCUCCCAUUGGUGUUUAUGUUCUUCACCUAAUUGAGCUUAUAGGAAGAGCUUCUCCAAUUUUUAUCUCACACCAAGUUCAAAAGAAGGCUCUUUCACAAGUCUCAUACUCUCAUAAUGUGAUCCUUUCUUUUAAGCUCUUUGAGAAUAGCAAUUGGGAUGCUGUACAAGUGAAUGUGUUCACAGCAGUUUCUCCUCGGAAGUUAAUGUAUGAGGACAUUUGCAUUAUGGCCUUAGACAAGCUCACCUCUCUUAUGAUCUUACCCUUUCAUCGAAAAUGGUCACCAGAUGGACAUGUUGAAUUGGAUGAUGGCAUGUUAAGGGCCUUGAACAACAGCGUGCUCGAAAGGGCUCCAUGUUCAGUUGGGAUUCUCGUGACUAGGUCGAAUUCAGGACGAGCGGGACCCUUGCUUUCAUCACAAGAUACUUAUAGGUACUCGGUUGCUAUGGUGUUCUUGGGUGGCAAAGAUGAUAGGGACGCAUUAACUUAUGCAAAGCGCAUGGCGAUGGGUUCGAGUGUGAGGCUUCAUGUGAUCCAUCUUAUUGGCCCGGAUGAGGAAGAAGUUGAUGAGGAUAAGAAGUGGGAUAUCAUUCUGGAUGCUGAGUUGUUGAAAGAUUUUAAAUACAGAAAUUUGAAUUCAGCUCAAUACAUUGAUUAUGUUCAAGAGGUUGUGAAUGAUGGGACUGAAAUGGCUUCUGUUGUAAGAGGUUUAGUUGAUGAGUUUGAUCUUGUCAUAACUGGGAGAUGUCACAGCAGAGGCAGCCGCCAAAUUUCAGGUCUUGACAUUGGAUGGACCGAGUUUCCAGAGCUAGGAAUCAUCGGAGACUUGCUUGCCUCCAUGGAUAUUCAUGGCAAAGCUUCUGUACUGGUGAUUCAACAACAAGAAAUAGAAACUGAUUAACAAGUUUAUACUUUAUAAGCUGUUCUUUUAUUAUUAGCUCUCCAUGCAUAGACCAUUUGCUCUUGCUCUACUGCUCUCCACAUUUUGGCCUAAAGCUGGCUCUGUAGUCUCUACAUCUUUCCCAGUUGUAAAUUAGUGCAACAUGCAUGUUUUUCUGUAGAAAGAUUAAAUAGCUCCACAUAUCUAAUCAUGGGAAUUGGUUUGCAUUAAUGCUAAUAAGUGAGAAGAAUUUGUACUUUGUAAAUCAUCAAUCUUUGUUUUCAAAUGUUCUUUA